AUGAAUUUAGCUCUACAAGAUCCUUUUUCUGUAGCGAAAGAGUUUCCUGAAAAUUUAUCAACAACAUUAAACUAUGGUCAUUCGGUUGCAAUUCAAUUUAAUCAUAAUGGUGAUUAUUUAGCAUCAGGUUUAUCAGAUGGAUCAAUUGUAAUAUACGAUAUGGUAUCAAAUGGACUAAUAGCACAUAUUGUUGAAGAUUGUCAUGUUCGACCUAUUACUUCAAUUACUUGGUCAAAAUGUGGAAGAUAUCUUUUAACUUCAUCACAAGAUUGGUAUUGUAAAUUAUGGGAUUUAAGUAAAAUUAAUAAUAAUUCUAAAAAUUAUAGAGGAUCACCAGUAAUACGACAAGUUAAAUUUGAUGGACCAAUUUGGCUGGCAAAUAUUCAUCCUGAAAAUCAUUAUGUAUUUGUUGCAUCAUUAUUGGAUGAUUCACCAGUUUAUGUGAACUUAGAAGAUGAGAAACCAAAAGUAAUUAAACUAAGAACUGAUCCUUUAGAAAAUGGGGAAGAAGAACAAGAUGGAGAAGAAAAACUACGAAAUUCAAGUAAAAAAGAAAACAAUAGCAAACAUUCAACAUUAGUAACAAUUUUUACUGAGCAAGGAAAAUAUAUUUUCACAGGUACAAGUAAAGGAUGGUUAAAUAUUUUCAGAACUAAUGAUUUAAAAUUGAUACAUUCUGUUAAAUUAGCAAAUUCAAAUAUUAAAAAUAUAUCAAUAUCACCAAACCAACGUAAAUUAGCAAUAAAUUUUUCAGAUAGAAUAAUACGACAAAUUGAUUUACCAGAUUUAAUAAAUGAAAAUGAUACAACGGAAUGGGAUUUUGAAAUUGAUCAUAAAUAUCAAGAUGUUGUAAAUAGAUUACAAUGGAAUUCUAUAACUUUUAAUCAUAAUGCAGAAUUUCUAAUAGCAUCAACUCAUGGUCAAUCAUCACAUGAUUUAUACCUUUGGGAAACUUCAAUGGGUUCAUUAAUUAAAAUUUUAGAAGGUUCAAAUGAAGAAUUAAUUGAUGUAAAAUGGAAUUUUAAUAGGUGUAAAAUUGGUUCAAUUGGGUUAGAUAGUGGUUCAAUAUAUAUUUGGUCAAUACAAUUUCCUCAAAAAUGGAGUGCUUUAGCUCCUGAUUUUGUUGAAGUUGAAGAAAAUAUAGAAUAUAUUGAAAAAGAAGAUGAAUUUGAUAUUUUAGAUGAAUCAGAUAUUAAUAAGAAAAGAAUGGAAGAAGAAGAUUUGGAGAUCGAUGUUACAACUAAAGAAACAACAGAUGCAAGAGGUUUUGAUAUUAGUCAAGAAUCAUUUAUUAUCCCAAUCGAUUAUGAAAAAAAUGUCAUUCAAUAG